UAUUCGUCCCUCUCCCCUCCCCACCACUCCUCUCUCACCUCUCUGCGUCUUAGAUCUGAAGUCUUCUGCACCUCCUCCUCCUUCCCUCUCUCUCUCUCUCCCCGCCCGCCUGCUCGGGCAUAGGAUUUUUUGGAGAGAGCACAUCGGGAUUAUUUGGUUUCUCUUGUUUGUCCAUUGGCGAUGGUGGAGGCUCAGACAUGGACUACCAGGAGAAUGAGCAAUCCCAGGUUGCUGGAUACGGCGGCGACUGACCAGCUCCUCGACAUUCCGGCCACCCCUCCUGGAGAUGUUCGCAACAACGCUUACAGUUUCGGAUCCCGCCUCUCCCCUAAUCUAUCCACUGCACUCAUCAUUGCUUCUUGGUAUUUCUCCAACAUCGGUGUUCUCCUUCUCAACAAGUACCUCCUCAGCUUCUAUGGCUAUCGUUACCCCAUCUUCCUCACAAUGCUUCACAUGUUAUCCUGCGCCGCUUUCAGCUACCUCGCUAUUCAUUUCCUUGAACUUGUUCCUCUCCAGCAAAUCCACUCCAAGAAACAAUUUCUCAAGAUCUUUGCUUUGAGUGCCAUUUUUUGCUUUUCUGUUGUCUGUGGCAAUACUUCAUUGAGGUACCUUCCGGUUUCUUUCAACCAAGCUAUUGGUGCUACUACUCCCUUCUUCACAGCUAUAUUCGCAUUCUUGAUUACUUGCAAGAAAGAAUCUGGUGGGGUUUACUUGGCCCUCGUGCCUGUAGUUUUUGGGAUUGUUUUAGCCAGUAACAGCGAGCCUUUGUUUCAUUUAUUUGGAUUCUUGGUGUGUAUUGGUUCCACUGCUGGGCGUGCCUUGAAAUCUGUGGUUCAGGGCAUUUUGUUGACCUCUGAGGCAGAGAAGCUUCACUCCAUGAAUUUGCUUCUCUACAUGGCUCCGCUUGCAGCCUUGAUAUUGCUUCCCUUCACUCUCUACAUUGAAGGAAAUGUCGCGGCGGUGACGCUUGAAAAGGCUAGAGGUGAUCCAUUCAUCCUGUUCUUGUUGAUUGGGAAUGCGACUGUGGCUUAUCUGGUGAAUCUGACGAAUUUUCUGGUGACGAAACACACCAGCGCGUUGACGCUGCAAGUUCUGGGAAAUGCCAAGGCAGCUGUGGCGGCCGUUGUUUCGGUUUUGAUAUUCAGAAAUCCUGUCACAGUAAUGGGAAUGACGGGAUUCGCCAUUACCAUCAUGGGCGUGGUGCUUUACAGCGAGGCAAAGAAGAGAUCCAAAGCUAUGGCUCAUUGACAAUGAUUCUCAACAUUCUUUUGUUUAUUUCCAUAAACACGGUGCGCUUAUUUUUAUUUUUAUAUUGCACAAUUUACCUCUGGUUUAACUCGAUUUCUGUGAAAGAUAGAAGGAAUUGGAUCAAAUGACAGCAAUUGGACUGUAUAGGAAGAAGGUGAAAGGCAUAGAAUAAUGUUCUUUUUCUCUAUAUUUGUUGUGGUUUAAUAUUCUUGGUAAAAGUGGUGAAGAGAACCCAAAUUCUGUCUCUCUUUGCCGUGUGUAACUUUGUAAUAUGCUCGUUAUCCAUGGGCAACACACAUAGAGGAUUCAAAGACGAAAAUCUUAAAAGUUCUAUUUUUUUUCAA